AAAUAAAAUCACGUGAGACAAAACCCUAACACUCAAUGUUUAAUCUAUUUAAUUCAUUAGUAGCAUUAUAAAAAUUUUCUUUUAUAUUCUAAAAGUAGUGAAUCUAGUAUGAAGUUUACAACAAUUUUAUCGCUUUUGGUGGUAGUAGUUUUUGCAAAGAGCUCCCAAUCACUGAACACGAAAAAAUUCCCCCCUAAGUUUAUGUUCGGUACUGCGACGGCUGCAUACCAAAUAGAAGGGGGCUGGAAUGAAGACGGCAAAGGAGAAAACAAUUGGGACCAUUUAAGUCAUUCCCCGUUGUCUCCAAUCUUCGACCGCCACACCGGUGACGUAGCAUGUGAUUCUUACCACAAGUAUAAAGAGGAUGUAGCUAUGCUGAAGCAUUUGGGAGUCCAUCAUUAUCGUUUUUCCAUAUCCUGGUCCAGAAUACUGCCAAGCGGCUUCAACAACAAAAUCAACCCACUUGGGAUUCAGUACUAUAAGAAGUUGAUUAAGGAAUUGAAGGAUCACGGCAUCGAGCCUUUGGUUACUAUGCACCAUUGGGAUACCCCACAACCUUUGGAGAAUAUAGGCGGUUGGACGAAUGAACUAAUAGUCGACAAGUUCGUAGAUUACGCGAGAAUACUAUACGAGAAUUUUGGUGAUGAUAUUAAGUAUUGGAUAACUUUCAACGAAGCGAAACAAACCUGCCAGCAAGGCUACGGAUCAGGACAGAGGGCUCCUGCCAUUAAGUCACACGGUAUUGGAGAAUACUUAUGUGCCCACAACGUCAUUAAAGCUCACGCUAAAGUGUGGCACAUGUACGACGAUGAAUAUCGACAAAAACAAGGAGGAUUUGUAGGCAUUACUGUGGAUUCGAUGUGGAUGGAGCCUGAGACGGAUAGCGAAUUGGACAAAGCUGCUGCUGAGAGGGCCAUUCAAUUCACCUUUGGAUGGUACGCCAACCCAAUCAUCAAAGGUGACUACCCGUGGCAAAUGAAACAAUUCAUAGCGCGAAGAAGUCUAGCUCAAGGUUUUAACCAAUCACGCCUACCAGAAUUCACUGCCGAAGAAAUCAAAUACAUCAAGGGAACAAUAGACUACCUGGGUGUCAAUCAAUACACAGCAGGUUUGGUACGUCACAUAGAAGAUAAGAACAGAACUGAAAUCUCAUGGGAAGCAGACUCAGAAACCUACCAAUAUCAACCGGAACAUUGGGAGAAGACAGCCGCAGAUUGGUUAAAAUCGGUCCCUUGGUCAAUGAGGAAACUGGUCAACUGGAUAAGAAAAACUUACGAUAACAUUCCUCAAUUCAUUACUGAAAAUGGUUAUGCUGAUAAUGGCACCUCGCUUGAAGAUGACCGUAGGAUCCAUUACUAUCAGGAAACACUGAGCAAUUUAAGAGAUGCGAUGGACGAUGGAGCUAACGUCAUGGGAUACACAGCCUGGAGUUUGAUGGAUAAUUUUGAAUGGUACAUGGGAUACAAAGACAAAUUCGGACUCUACAGCGUCGACUUUACAUCUACAGAGAGAACAAGAACACCAAAGAAAUCGGUAGCGUAUAUUAAACACGUUUUCGAGACCAGGUGUAUUGUCGAUAAAAAAGACUGUACCGAUGAAAGCAGCCAUGAUACGGUCGUCAAAUAUAUAAACAACGAUAUAGACAACCAUCUAAGCAUAUAAAUAUUGGUCUAGCUGAAGUUAUUAAUUUAUUUCUAUGGUUUAAAUUAUUUUUUAUAAAUUAUUGAGUGAUUGUCAAUUUGUGCAGUAUCGAAACCAAACCCAAAUAUAAAAUUUUUUUUGUAUUAAAUUUGGCGAGAGAAAAAAUUUAUUAUACAAAAUUAAAGAGUCAUAUUGUGAAUUUAUAUUUUUAAGAUUUUAAGAAUUUAUUACUAAUUGUUAAAUAAUUAGGAAUAAUGAAUUAAUCUCUUAUGCUUAUUAGGACAGUAUUAAAUAGGGU